CUCCUUUUGUUUGUAUUUGUACGCGGCCAUACGCGGCAGUUCUGCAAGCACGCGUUUCGCUCUCGUCCUUCAAAUGAGUUCAAAGUGAUUGUCAAAUAAAGUUUUGGAAACUUUAAAAGUUUUUAUAAAAACAGGAAACUAAUUGUGAGUGAAGUGUUGAUGGUUUGGUGUACCAAAUUAUAUGUGUAUACACGAUUUUAAGUUAAUAAUCCAUUACACAUUGAAGAAUGUGGGGCUAUUUUAUAGAACACAAAGUUGAGUGAACUCCUACCUUGUUCGUUGGAAUUGAGCGAAUCCCACAGGUGUUAUUAUAAUGUUGUGACAAAACUUUAUCCUAGCAACCCAAAACCAAAUAAUAAUGACUUUAAAGUUACGAAGCCUUACAAGUUCCAGACAGGAUGUGUUUAAAGGGAAGAGCACAGAAACAAUCGUGACUGUGAAAUUCUGAAAUGCUGUUGUGGGAACAUUUAAACGUGUAAUGGAAGAAUUGAAGAAUUAGGACGGCUGAUCAAGAUGGUUUUGGAUAAAAAGUGUGCAGUUUUUGUCAUACUUCUGUUCAUUAUUCAAAAUUCGUUGACAGCAGACUCUGGAACUCAAAUGCAGCCGCCACGGUUUACAAUGCAACCUUCAUCUUCCAAUAGCAUAGUCAGAGAAGGCACAACAAAAAUAUUACAGUGUUCAGCAAUAGGAAUCCCGCAACCAAUGUACAGAUGGCUAAAAAACGGUAUACCUUUAGGCGACUACUCUUCUGAAUUAUUUUUCAAAAUCCACAAUACUCAACGUCAGGACGCAGGUGCCUAUCAAUGUAUCGCAAAAAAUGAUGUUGGUGCGAUUUUCAGCGAGAAGAACAACAUUGUCGUCGCUUAUAUGGGAGUUUUUGAGAACACUAUCGAGAAGGUAGUGAAGGUUGAAUCUGGUAGAGCAGCUAUUCUAGAUUUCCCAUACAUAGAAUCGGAACCACCACCAACGGUAAUUUGGCUAGAAGAAAACAGUGUAAACGGUGUUUUACGAUACGAUCAGAAAUACGCAAACACUGAUAAACAUCAACUAGUAAUACUAUGCGCUUCUCAAGAUGACCAAAAAGCUUACAGAGCGCGAGCAAUAAAUACUCAGUUAGGCAAAAUGGAAAAUAGUCCAUACAUCAGGUUAGACGUAAUCGGUGACGACAACAAAGAAAUAGCCCCAGAGAUUAUUAUAAAGCCCCAAGACACUAAGAUAAUUAAAGGUCAGGAAUAUACAACUAUUUAUUGUAUCGCAAACGCAAGGCCACUUCAUGAGCUUGAAACGCUGUGGUUCAAAGACGGUGUAUUGAUCGACUUAGCAGGAAUUACUUACGACUUAAACGAUCAGUGGAAUCGAACACUGAGUCUCAUAUCGGCCACUUUGAAUCACACUGGACAAUACACAUGUCAAGCGAGAUUAAAAUCUGGUGGUUUCGCCACUGUGACUGCGUCAGCGGUGGUUACUGUUUUUGAAAAACCAGUGAUGAUGUCUUUGAAAUCAGAAACGUUUGGUGAGUUCGGAAGUACGAUCGUUUUAGAAUGCAAUGUACAAGGCAUGCCGAUACCGAGUAUAACAUGGUAUAAAGAUGCAAGAAAGAUUGCUAGUGUCGGGGCCGAUGCCGAGGACUCCGAUAACGCCGAUGUUGAUGACGGCGGCGGCCGAUACAGAGUGGAAGUGGAUAGGUCACUCGUUAUCAGUAACUUGAAGAUGGAAGAUAUGGGCAUAUACCAAUGUAUCUCGAGCAAUGAAGCUGGAGAGUCUUCUAUAUAUACCUGGUUGAAAAUUAAAACAAAGGAAAAUAUUCGCCUUCCGCGCAGUCACAUGAAGUUAAUAAGAAUGAGGACUUCCGAUAAAAAGGCAAAAACUUUCAAAUUUGAUACCGGCACGACCCCGCCCAUAAUGCAGAGCGCGCCGGCCAACCUCACCGUGUUGGACGGGAAGGACGCCACCAUCGUGUGCCGAGCCGUCGGCGCCCCAACGCCCAACGUUACCUGGUACUUCAACGAUUCUCUCAUAAUAAAUUUAUCCGGAAGAUUACAAGCUUUGGAGGAGGGAGACUUGCUAAUUACCAGCACAACUACAGUGGAUAGUGGCAAAUAUACUUGUGUCCGAGCAAAUGACGCCGGUAAAGUGUCUGGCGAGGCGUAUCUUACAGUUCUUGUGAGGACUCAAAUAAUUGCACCGCCCGUGGAUACGAGAGUGUUAUUAGGGCACACCGCAACAUUACAGUGCAAAGUAUCCAGUGAUCCGAACGUCAAGUAUAACAUCGACUGGUUCCACAACAAACAGCCGAUGACAGCCGGGUCCCGCGUGUGGGUGACUGGCGACGGCGCGCUGCAGGUGCAGGCUGUGCGCGCCAGCGACGCGGGCGAGUACACGUGCGUGGUGACGUCGCCGGGUGGCAACCACACGCGGCGCGCGCUGCUCGCCGUCAUCGAGUUGCCCUUCGCGCCCACCAACGUGCGCGCCGAGCGGCUCGACGCGGCGCCGCAGCGCGCCGUCAACGUCUCCUGGACCCCCGGCUUCGACGGCAACUCGCCCGUGCAGAAGUACAUAGUGCAGCGUCGCAUCGUGCCCGAGUUUGGUCCCACACCUGACCCAUUAUUGAACUGGGUGACAGAGUCGAUGAACGUAUCAGCGAGUCAGCGUUGGGUGUUACUAACUAGCUUGAAAGCUGCCACAUCCUACCAAUUCCGAGUAUCAGCGGUUAAUACUGUGGGGGAGGGACCGCCUUCCGAUCCAACGGAGGUUUUGACCUUGCCUCAAGAAGCCAGCGACAUAAUAUGCUGCCAAGCACCUUCUGGCCCGCCUAUGGGCUUCAUGGGUUCGGCGCGCUCGUCUUCCGAAAUAAUCACCCAGUGGCAGCCGCCUUUAGAGGAACAUCGGAACGGGCAUAUCCUGGGAUAUGUUAUACGAUAUCGUUUGAAAGGCUACGAGAAUAGUCCAUGGACUUAUCAAAAUAUUACUAACGAGGCCCAAAGGAAUUACCUCAUACAAGAUUUGAUUACUUGGAAGGAUUACAACGUGCAAAUCGCAGCAUAUAACGACAAAGGCGUAGGCGUGUUCUCGGAUAGUUACACAAUAAAAACGAAAGAGGGCGUGCCCGAGGCGGCGCCCGACAGCGUCCGCUGCGAAGCCUCGAACUCCACUGCCAUUCAAGUUUGGUGGACGCCGCCCAAUCCGCAGAAAAUUAAUGGAAUCAAUCAGGGCUAUAAAAUUCAAGCGUGGAAAUGGGAUGAGGCAACUAACGAUAGUGUCGAACAGAGACUUGUCAGUGUUCCACCAAAUCUCUUGGACCCUCUGACUGAACAAACGGCUAUCAUAAGCGGCCUUGAAAAGUUUACGGAUUACAACAUUUCUGUGUUGUGCUUUACCGAGCCCGGCGAUGGACCUCGCAGUGACUUCGUGCUUGUGAGAACUAAAGAAGAUAUACCUGAUGAGAUCGUAAAUUUGCAAUUCGAUGAUAUAUCGGAUAGGGCAGUGCGAGUGUCUUGGUCGCCGCCGAAAAAAUCUAACGGCGUCCUUAUAGGAUACAAGUUAAAAUACCAGAUAAAGGACAACCCUGACACGUUCAAGGAAGAAGUUCUGCCGCCCAGUAAUACCAGUAUACGAGUCGAACAUUUGCAGGCGAGCACACAGUACCAGUUCUGGGUGAGCGCUCUGACGGGCGUAGGCGAGGGUGCAGCGCGCUCUGCAGUCAUCCAGUCGGGCGUGGAGCCAGUGCUGCCGCACGCGCCGCGCAACCUGGCGCUGUCCAACAUCGCCGCGCACUCCGUGCUGCUGCAGUUCACGCCCGCCUUCGACGGCAACUCCUCCAUCUCGCUGUGGACCGUGCAGGCUCAAACGGCACGCAACUCGUCUUGGGUGACCAUCUAUGAAGUCAACGCCCCCGACGCUCAGUCCAUCCUCGUCACCGGCCUGGUUCCCUUCACAACUUACCGUCUGAGGUUGAUCGCGAGCAAUGUGGUGGGCUCGUCCCCUCCGUCGGAACCCUGCAAGGAGUUCCAGACGAUCCAAGCCCCGCCGCGGCAUCCGCCGAGAAACGUGACUGUCCGUGCAGUCAGCGCGAACAAUCUCCGAGUCAGAUGGAUUCCUUUACAGCAGAGUGAAUGGUACGGUAACCCAAAAGGAUACAAUAUAACUUACAAGCGAAGUGGAACAAAUGAUACUCUAUACAGUAUCAUUGAAGACCACACAGCCAACUCGCACGUGCUGUCCAACUUGGAGGAAUGGUCCGUGUACGAGAUUACGAUGACUGCUAUCAACGAAGUCGGUACUUCUGCUGUGAGUCCAACGGCUACAGAAAGGACACGGGAAGCAGUUCCGUCGAGUGGCCCGAUAAACGUAUCUGCAAAUGCGACAUCUUCAACUACCGUGGUUGUGCUAUGGGGCGACAUUCCUGUACAAGAUCAGAACGGUCUCAUCGAAGGUUACAAAGUGUGCUAUGCUGCAGUGGUGCCCCCUCCUAGACCGGAACACAAGAAAGUUGAAUGUCAUCCCAUACCCUCCAACCAAACUCAUACAGUGACACUGACAGAGCUGAGGAAGUAUGUGGUGUACCAGAUACAAGUGUUGGGUUACACGAGGCUGGGAGACGGAGCGCUCAGUGAUCCUCCUGUCACAGUCAGAACGUUUGAAGACACCCCUGGCCCACCGUCCAACGUGUCAUUCCCGGACGUGACAUUUACGACGGCGCGGAUCAUAUGGGAUGUCCCUGAAGAUCCGAAUGGCGAGAUUCUAGCCUACAAAGUUACAUAUCAUCUGAAUAGUUCAACGCAGCACAUGUUUUCCAAGGAAUUCCUGCCAUCUGAUAGAACCUUUAGAGCAACGGAGCUGUCGUCAGAACAAUACUACUUGUUCUCGGUGACGGCCCAAACGCGCGUGGGCUGGGGCGCGACGCUGCGCGCUCUCGUGCUGACGACCGUGAACCGCGCGGCGCCGGCGCCGCCCGCGCGCCCCAACGUGGCGCGCUCGCUGCUGCAGCCGCAUCAGAUCACCUUCUCCUGGACGCCCGGCGACGACGGAUAUGCGCCUCUCAGAUAUUACACCAUACAACAAAAAGAAGACGGCGGGACAUGGCAAACUUUGUCCGAAAGAGUUGAUCCAUUUUCCACGUCAUAUACAGUGGAAGGUCUGAAGCCGUACACCGCAUACCAGUUUAGAAUACGAGCGACAAACGACAUUGGGCCUAGUCGCUACAGCAAUGCCACAGAGACUGUUCGCACCUUGCCUGCAGCGCCGAGUAAAGCUGUGGAGAACUUGCGAGUGGUGCCUAUAACGCCGAGCAGCGUGCGCGUGCAGUGGACGCCGCUGGGCGAGCAGCACUGGAGCGGCGACGCGCGCACCGGCGGCUACUCCGUCUACUACCAGCCGCUCACCGACUUCCCGGCCUCGCUACACAACACCAUGAAGCUGGAGGUGCCCGGCAUCAAGAGCUCGGAAGUGGUCCUGACGGAGCUGGCGCUGGACCGCAACUACGAGAUCAGCGUGUGCGCGGUGAACUCGCAGGGCGCGGGCCCGGCCGGCGCGCCCGCCGUGGUGUGGGUGGGCGAGGCUGUGCCCACGGCGCCGCCGCAGGGCGUGACGGCGCGCGCGCUGUCGCCCACCGAAGUGGCGCUCGCCUGGCAGCCGCCGCACCUCGCGCAGCAGAACGGCGACCUGCUCGGCUACAAGAUAUUCUACUUGAUGACGGAGUCUCCUGAGGAGCCCGAGCCCGGGCGGCGUGCGGAAGAGGAGAUCGAAGUGGUGCCUGCUACCUCCACAUCGCAUUCGCUCGUCUUCCUCGACAAGUUCACACAGUAUCGAAUCCAGGUGUUGGCCUUCAAUCCAGCGGGCGACGGUCCGCGCUCGACGGCGGUGCUCGUGCGCACGCAUCAGGGCCUGCCGUCCGCACCGCGCAACAUCACCUUCAGCGACAUCACCAUGAACAGCCUCGUGGUGUCGUGGGAGCCGCCGCAUCGCCGCAACGGCCUCAUACACUCCUACCUCGUCACCUACGAGACUAUAGAGCAAGAUGAACGGUUCAGCAAGCAGGUGAAGCAAAAGGUGUCGGAGCGGCAGCUGGCCGUGGGCGCGCUGGAGGAGGAGGUGGAGUAUCGCUUCGUGGUGCGCGCGCUGACGGUGGGCGCGGGGCUGGCGGGCGAAGCGCGCGCGCGCACGGGCCCGCAGCCCGGCUCGCCCGCGCCGCCCGCCGCGCUGCGCCUGCGCGCCGACCCCGCCGCGCUGCACCUGCGCUGGACCAACGCCGCCUCGGGCAAGGGCCCGCUGCUCGGCUACUACUUCGAGGCGAGGAAGAAAGAUGACACAAGGUGGGAGACUGUGACUCGAACAAGUAACGGGAUUCUCGAGGAGUUUACGAUAUCAUACCAAAGUCUACUGCCGUCGACCGCUUACUCGUUUCGGGUUAUCGCAUACAACAUGUACGGGAUCAGCAACCCGGCGUACAGCGACAAAACGAUCGUGACGCCGUCGAAGCUCUACCUGGAGUAUGGAUACCUGCAGUACAGGCCUUUCUACCGCCGGACCUGGUUCAUGGUGGCGCUGGCCGCGGCCUCCAUCAUCAUCAUCAUUAUGGUGAUAGCGAUACUGUGUGUGAAAAGCAAGAGCUACAAGUACAAAAAAGAAGCGCAAAAGACGCUGGAGGAGUCGCUGGCGGGCGAGACGGACGAGCGCGGCUCGCUGGCGCUGGACCUGUACCGCUCGCGGCAGAACUCCGUGGCGAGCGCGGGCGCGCUGGGCGCGGGCACGCUGCGCCGCAAGGGCGCGCCCGCGCUGGCCAAGUCGCCGCCGCGCCCCUCGCCCGCCUCCGUCGCCUACCACAGCGACGAGGAGAGCCUGCGCGGCUACGACGAGAACCCCGACGACUCCUCGCUCACCGAGAAGCCCUCCGAGAUGAGCUCCUCCGACUCGCAGAAUUCGGAGAGCGAGAACGAGAGUGUGCGAUCGGAGCCGCACUCGUUCGUGAACCACUACGCGAACGUGAACGACACGCUGCGGCAGUCGUGGAAGCGGCAGCGGCCCGUGCGCAACUACUCCAGCUACACGGACUCGGAGCCCGAGGGCAGCGCCGUGGUGAGCCUCAACGGCGGCCAGAUCGUCAUGAGCAACAUGGCGCGCUCGCGGGCGCCGCUGCCCGGCUUCUCCUCCUUCGUAUGACACGAGCCGCCCGCCGCGGCGCCUGCGCACGUCGCGCACAUGUAGCCUUACAGCCAUCGCGAGUCUUGCUAGGAUUACUAUGAGAUUUUAUAUCUCACCAAAGUGUAUUAAAUUCGAGCGCUGAAACUCGAAACACAAUAGCGUCAGAGUAAAAUGACCUGAGGGUUCAUGAUUUAAAAUCGAGUUCAGUACCGCUGAUUUGAAUUACACGACGUUUCCGCUUGGAUCGCUGUAGAUCUAUGGCUGAUCUUUAGCUUUAAAACAAGGCCGUCAAGGACCAUUUUACUUUGAGGCUUAAAAUUAUAUCGUUAAUGAUAAAAUCAAAUGUUAAAUUAAGGCUACUGAGACCAGACCGCGCUCUGCACGUCACGCGGGGCGCUUUUUCACUAAAACUAUGACUAUUUCGAAUCUAUGCAUGGUGUAGGUAUUUGUGAAACGCGCAACCAUCUGCAUCAUGGCACACGCACUGCCAACUCAUUCCCAAUGCAUUCGUUUAUAGCACAUUUCAUCUGUACAUAUCAAAUUAAUUGUUGAAUUUUAUUUUAAGUCGACUUAAGUUAUUGUUAUAGAAUUUACUAUUUAAAGAGGUGGCUGGAAGAUGGGUUCUCUUUAGGUUUCUAAAAUUCAGUAGUAGGUAUACCUACCAAGGCAAUUUCUUUAUAAUUAUUUCAAUUCUGCACACAACUGUUGUAAAUAUAAAGUUUUGAAAUAGAAACCCAUAGACAAAAUCACAUCAGUCAACUGUACAAAGUUUCAAUUCAAUUGGAUGAACGAUGCUAGAACGCAUAAAAUAUAUAUAACAAAUGUUAAUUUUUUUAUAUAUUAGAUGCCAAGUCUCCACCAGACUCAGCUCUGGUAGGUCACUUGCACUGUGUGUAUUCUGUCACAGCAACUUAAUAUCUACAAGAUUUUCUUUGCAAAAUAACUUCAGUAAUUUCUUGCAAAAUGACUUCUGCAAGGUUCAUUGCUAGUGGAUGACAAAGUGUAUAAAGAAAGUGUCUUAGUAUUGAAUCCUUCUUCCACUUAAAUCUUCAAUUAAGUAUAUUAGAUUAAGAUAGUUUGGUGACGAAACAACGUAAGUUUUUACAUGAAACUACUGGUUUACGCCUUUAUAAUAAUUACUAGGUCAAUUUUUGUUAGGAAUCGUGAAAUGUAAAUACGUUUAAUCAACCUAAUAUGUAAAUAUACUUUUGGAUCUCUUUAGAUCAAUGUAAGCUAAGCUUUUUUAAAAUCUUAUUCCUACAAGGCAGUUUUAGAUAUAAUAUAUUUAUGGAACAAUAUUAAGUAGGUACCUCAUAAGUGUGCUGCUAUUGUUUAUACAAUAAACUACUAUUAGUUUUAGCAUUUACAUUGUAAUAAAAUAAAUUAUAAUGAAUACAAUUUUGACAUUUAACAGUAUUAUCAUAAAUAUGUUUUAUCAUUCCACUUUAAUAUUAUCACUAGUUAUUGUAAGAAUAAUGUACUUAUUAUAAUUAACCUUCUUUUCCACAAAUGAUUUGAAAUUAAGUACAUAUUAUGUAUAGCAUCUAUAAUGAUAACUCGAGAUUCGCUAUAGUGGAUAUUGUCAAUCAGUUGCUGAUAAAAUCAAACUGUGAGAUAACAUAAAAAAGUUUUCAGCAAAAUACCAAUAACAGUUAAAGCCAGAAAUACCAAUGCGAAAUGUUUUCUAUUAAAUAAAGUUUGAAUGGUUCACUGUGAAUGGAAUAUCCAGGAAGAAAACACUUUAUACACUUACUUUUUGUAUACAUACGCUUUUGCAAUUUUUUUAUAUUAAUUUCGUUGUCCCUUGUGGAUGUAUUUAUGAAGUAAACUAUAAUUUUAAUAUUUUUAACUACCUACAGAUUAAGAGAUCGCUCAUCGCAUCUAUAGAAUAUAGAAGCAAAAAAUGUUAAAGUACCUAUAAAGUGUUAUUUAAAAACAAGAAUAUUUAAAAGUGAAAAUCAUCUGAAAAUCUCCAGACAGGUUUGAUAAUAAACUAAUCUCCAAAUUGACAGGUCUAAAGUCACCUACUUUGAGUCGUGUUCUUUACUUUUUACAAUACAAUUUCCCUGCGGAGAACGUUUACGUGUGGUUUUACAGUGACGCUUUCGCCAGCGCGGUUGGUAAGCGUCGCGGGCCACGAGCUUCGCGUCUCUUAGAUCGUUACAUAGUCGCGCGGAUGGCCCGCGCUGACGGCAAUUCGGCCAACGCGCUUAGCACCCGCGCGGACGGUAAGCGUCACUGUAAAACCAGCCUACAGAUAUGUCAUGUCAGGUUUGCACCCGCCAGUGUAAGUGACACUUUGAACGGGUGCAAACCUAGUUUUGUCGAUGACCCUACACCCAAAUUAGCACCAUUGUGAUUUAGUAUGAUACAAGCCAAUUAAUGCACUCUUCAUUUAACCUACGAGUUCUGUAUGUAUUAAUGAAUAAUGAUUACUAAGUACGUAUUAACUAUUUGAAAGGAACUGUAAAGGUCAGAGCAGACUGAGUAUAAGACUCCGCUUGAGUAAGGUUCCUGAGAAUAAUUUAUUUAUUUAUUGAGACUGGAAGUUUGUGUACACCAAAUGUGUUCCACAUACAUGACCAAGUGAGUCUACCAUCAACUAUUUUUGCAAAUCAAUUCAAGGAUAAACUGAUCUACUUCACUUUUUCGAAUAAUGAACACUAACAUUCUCACAACUAACAGUUCAAGCUGAAGUUGAAACAAGCUGGCUUGCGCAGAUCAUAGACUAAGAAUUAAAUACUAUGUUGUAGAAGUAAUGGAAGGUUCACUUCCAAUACUCAAAGCAAAUACUUAGUUAUCGCUAUCCCACUUCUACUAACUAAUUAGAGCGACACAUCGGACCCCAGCGGGAUAGCAAUUAGUACAUUUGCUUCAAGUGAGGUAUUACGAGUAAGCUAUCCGGCCCAGGAAUAUAAAUAAAUUCAUGUUUAACCGGCUGAGAUCUGUUUUUGCACAAUGCGCAGUCUAUGCCUCGUGUUCAGAUUGGACUAGUAGUUUUACGCGCACUAUGCGAAAGGAACUGUAUGUGAAUCAAUCUGCGUCUGAAAUAUUGGUGGUAGGUAGGUACAUUAUAUAGUCACAAAAUAGAUAAUUUUAUGGUAUAGUGUUGCACUGUGAUUAAUUCUGUUGUUAAACUAAAAUGCCAACUUAAUAUAUUGCUAUCCCUUUCACAAUGCUCCCUGUCGAAAUAUACAGCACUAUAUUUAGAUCAAUUAAGUUCAGAGAUUGUGGACAACAGAAUGAGCCACAUUUUGAUAAAACUCCUUUAGUAGACACGAAUAUUAUUUUUAAGUAAAUUAAACUGUGUUUGAUUUUAUAACAUUUUCGUAAGUAAGGAACUUACAACUGACUGAUAGCUUUAGAAUAAUCUUCUCUUAAUUGGUGUAAAUAAAUAAUUAUAAUGUGGAUAUUACUUAUAACUCUUAAAACCUUAAAGCGAAUGCAUUUUAGAGGAUGCUUAUCUGGCACAAUUUUUAAAAAUCUGUGAUCUGUAUUUUUUUUUUCAGUAGAUAACAUAACUAUUUUAUAUUCUUAAGUAGUAACUAUCGAUUUAAUUUUCAAUGAAAUGAGUGUUAUUGGUUAUUAACUUAUUAUUUUUUAAACAAAUACUGUGUGCACCGAUUGGGUUUAUCAAUUCCAAUUUUACAAUAAAAAAACAAACUGAUGCAUUUUUUUUUACACUGGUGCCAUUAAACUAGCUACUUAAUUUUUAUAACCUUGUGUAAUAUUUUUAUUACAAUAUUUUUAAAUACAAAGAUUAAUUGACGAAUAAAUUAUAACAUUGA